UUUUGCACACGUCACGUUGUUCCUUAUUGAAGUUCAUUAUUCGAGGAUAGCUGUACAACCAACGACACAGUAUUUAGCUUAGCGAAGAAGCUCUGUAUUUAUCUGUCAGUUAGCCAGCCAGCUAGGUACCUGAAUAUCUUUUUUUACUGGCCCUUUACGACGCCACAAUGCGGGUGACAUUCAUCGUUUUUACGUUGGCCUGCCUCUGUUGUGUCCAUGGUGUCCCCUCUUUAAUGCCCCCAAGGACAACUGCAGAAUCAGAGCAGAUGGCCACAAGCAGCAGUACACCAACUGACAAACCAGUCAUAAGCACUGACAAAGGUGGAAAAGCAGCCACGGCCAAGGAAAAAGAAGAGGGAAAAGAUGGUGGAAAUGCAGGCACAACAGCAGAUGAAAAAACCAAUGAUGAAGAAGUCACAAAAGAUGAAAAUAUCAUGGAUGCGGAUGGGGUUAAAAGCGUAGGAGACGUGAAGACUGGUGGGGUCAAGGAUGAAGGAGCCUCCAAAGUUAAUGGGACCAGCACCGAAGGAGACCCAAAAGAUAGCAAGGCCAAUGACAGAACUGAACUAGGGGUCGUGCCCAAAAGCGAAACGGGGGCCAAAGCUGAGGGGACCAGAAGCCCAGUCACAAAAGUUGACGGGGGUAAUAGCAAAGCAGAUAACAAAACUGACAGCAAAACAGACACAAAAGUUGUCAACCCUGACAACAAAGAAACCAAGAAGCCAGCAGAGAGUAAUGAGGAACCAGCGGAUAAUGAAGGAAAGGGGGCUGAAUUACCUGUAGACAAUAAACAAGCACAGACAACCAAAGCAUCGCCUGUUGAACAAACUACCAUAAAAGUUGGAGGAACUACAAAAGAGGAGGAAGAUGAGGAUGAUGAGUAUAUUGAAGAUGUUGAAGGUGUUGAGAAUGCCAUUGGUGAGCGUAAUGAAAAAUCAGACUCUGUCCAGGAGCCCCCCAGUGGCAGACAGAACCACCCAAGUGUACCAGGUGAUGAGGCAGAAAGCAGCCAUUUCUUUGCCUACCUGGUUUCCACAGCAGUGCUGGUGGCUGUGCUCUACAUUGGAUACCACAACAAGCGUAAGAUCAUUGCCUACGUUGUAGAGGGAAGGAGGUCAAGAUCCUCACGCCGACCCAAAGGCACAGAGUACCAGAAGUUGCAACAGAGUAUGUGAAAAAUGUUGCUGUGUGUUGAAAGACAAACAUAAUGGAUAAGAAGACAGGGGAGGAAUACAGAACAACACUUCCGGAGCAAAUUUGCAUUUGAAGGAAGAUGUUCGAAGGAGCACAAAUUCUUUUCCUUUUUUAAUUUGCCUGUGGUGAUUUUUUUUAAAGACAGUCUUAUCAAAAUGGAGAAUAUUUAAUAUAUUUGUUUUUGGAGGCUUAUUGCAUGCCUAUGCAGAGAGGGCAGGGUUGCCUUGCAGAAGGGGCUUAUAAAAGGAAGAAGAGAAGCAUGCUUCUGCUUGCACUCAACAUUUUACUGUGCCACUACAAGAAGUCUCUGCAUCUUGUCACUUUACCGUUAGCGGACAUGACCAACUCUACCUGAAGAUAUUGACUCAGGAUGCUCCUUAACCAUGGACCUUGACCGAGAUGCCUAAGGUUGAUGAAUGUAAGGCAGUGGUUCUCAUUUUGGAGAGCGAUCAGAAGCCAUGUUCAUGUGCUAGAAUGUGUUAAAAUCAGAGUUUUUUUCAGGGUUGAGGUUAAUUUUUUAAAAUUAUUUAUAUUGUAUGCCCUGUGGAAUGAGUCAUUAGCCUGUGGUGAGCAGAGUGAUGAUACAGGUUUGCGCUGCAGUAGUAUUGAUGAUUGGGAUGUUAGUGAAAGAGUACUAUAUCUGUUUUCCCCAUAGUAUCUUUGUUAAUCCUGCUUAUACUGUGGCUAGGGAUAUGUGAAAGGAAAAUGUAAAUGCAUUUUGCCUCUAUAUUGUCUGAAUUGUUAUCAUUAUGCGACAAUAAUAGGCAUGUUGUAUACAGUUGUGGUGUGCCAAAACCUGGUGAUAAUGUAACAGAGUACAGCUUUUUUUAAUCCCCCAAACUAUAUACUUUAGGUGUCUCACUGACUACAGAAAUGUAGAUAUUACAAUGUGAAGGGUAUUUAUGAAAAUUCAGUAAUUUGGAAGAUUCUGAAGAUGUCAAGAUUGCUCCUAAGAAAUCUCUCUCUCACUUGUUCAACACUGUACAGCUAUUUUGUGGUGCCAGCUCUUAAUUGAACCAUGGACAUCCAUUCAAGAGACCUUUUUGUAAAAACAAAGGUCAGAAUGGAUUAGAAUGCUUUAGUAUAGGUAUGUAGCCGAUUAGACCAAAUUGGGAAAAAUAAUUUUGCAUGCAAGGUGGUGUUUGGAAUGUGGACCAAUUUUGGAUGAAAUAUAGAUUUUUAAACUGAAUAGUUUUAUACAGUACUUAUCUGAUCUUGCCAUGGUUUUGCCAUUGUUGUCACUCCUGUCACUAUGUAAGAAUGCUUCACUUUCUGUCAGAAGUUUUUAGGUGGGAGAAG